AUGUUAAGGUUUCAAUUGCCUUUUGUUUUUCCUGCAAGAAACAUUUCUCUUAAGUGCAUGCAGGACACUGAUGAAUUCCUUUCUGAUCUGAAUUCAGUGGAACCCAAAGAAUAUGCUCAAAGAAUGUAUGACUCUUUCGGGAAGCUGGGAAGCAAUAUUUUUAAUGGAAAUGUGGACAGGCUGGGAUCUUCCAGUGAGUGUCUCUCCACCCACGCUCCAUCGGGGCGUUUCCAAGGGCAGUACUGCAAGCUUCACAUCCUGCAUGAUGGAGCUGACUACAGCGUGGGCGUGUGUGUCCCCAAUUCUUGUGCUGAAGAAGUUGUGACUGAGAUGUCUCGGCUGGAUAUUUUAAGAUUCAGAAAUGCUUCAUUUUUGGCUCCUUCUCUCCCUCUCUUUACAAUAAAUUCCUUCUCCUCAUCUGGUGGGGGUGUGGCCAGAUGUGCUACUGGAUUAUUCCCCGUGGACAUGUCUGUUGCCAUGUGUCUGUUCCUCACCUUGCUGGGCCUCACCCUUCCUCUGGCUGGAACUGUCUACGUGGCAGCCACUGGGUGGAGGUCAGACCGCAAGGCAUUGCCCACACCUGGAGCGCAUCCGGCCACUUACGGGAGUCUGCCUUUGAGAGAGCAGGUGAGGAGUGAGCAAAGAAACAGAAUCCAACGGACUGAUUGCCUUGCCCAUCCCUCACUGUCAGGAACCCCGAGCAGAGGGAAAAGAUUUCUAGGAGCCAUGGGCCGUGCUCUGAAAUGCUUUUCUUGGCAGAAGAAUGUGCCGGCGCUCUGGACCACAGAGAUGCCGGGAAGCAUGUGCUCUGCCCUGAACGGCCUCUGAGUAUAGAGCCUUCUCUGGAUCGUGACUGGGCAUGGUCAGAUGACCGCAUGGCUGUCUUUGGAUAAUGUGCUUGAAUGGAAAGCCAGAGUGCUUAAAAAUCCACUGUACCUUUAUUCUCGGAGUGGCCCAUUCUAUCUUGGCGUUGACACAUUUUUCCUGAUCAGGUUGCAGCCUCUUCACCUGUAUUCAGCGUGCUUUUCGGUUAGAUUGUUCUCCCUUGUGCCCUGGAGACCCGUCUGGGAAGUGCCCGAGUUCCACCUGGAGAACUGCCAGCAAGCGUGCUGGCCGUAUUUGCUGUUGCUAGAUAACUUCCUGUCGGUCCAGGAUGCGUGCAACGGCUGGACGUGGUAUCUUGCCAAUGACUUUCAGUUCCAUCUCAUGACCCCGGUGAUCCUCUUCUUCCACGGAAAAAAUCAACACGCCCUUGUCCUCCUCGGGGCCACGCUGUUCUUGGCAUCUUUCACCGCCUCUGCUCUGCUCACACUGGCUUAUAACCUUCCAGUGGCAGCUCCGUCAGAUGCAAGUGAAAAUGCAGCUGUGUUAUAUAUCUUGGAGUACUACACGAAUCCCUGCGGCUGAUUUGGGCCAUUCCUUGUGGGCCUCUUUCUGAGCAUUCUCAUGCACCAAAACCACGAGGCAAACGUUCUCAAAACCAAGGUGCAGGCUCUGCUGCAGUGGAUUUGCUCUCUGUCGACCCUGUCCCUAGUGGCUGCCUGGCAUACACGGUGGGUGACGCGUCUGCCGCCUCUUAGUUGCCGCUGCUGUCACCGUGCCCUCCACCGGCCCCUGUGGGCGGCCCCUGAGGGCUGGGUAUUGUUCGCGCGUCAGGAAGGCCACGGAAGUCUGGGGCACCGGCUGCUUUCCUGGGAUAUCUGGAGCUUCCUGGCCAGCAUGAGCUACGCUUGCUGCUUGGUGCACCCCAUCCUCAUCACCCUCUACAGUGGGCUUCAGGAGGCGCUUAUUCACUCCACCGACACCAACACGUUCUAUCUUUUCUCUGGACACUGUUUGCUGACCUUCAUCACUGGGCUGGCCCUGACGCUGUUCAUUGAGAAACCAUGUCAGGAACUGAAGCGGUGCCUGCUGGGAUCAGUGCCUGCAGGGCCUGAGCUUCCGGACUGCCUGUCUGACUUGACCUCAAAGUUCCUGCAUCUUUUAAUACCCAUUGCAUCAGACAAACGCCCGGAUGUGCCCUCCCCACUUCCACCCCCACCCGAGCCGAGGGAUGAUGCUGGACCUCCAUCCUUGGUGAUGGAGACGUCGUGGAGGGCGCUGGUGCUUCUGUCAGGGGGAAGAUUCCGAAGUGCUUCCCGAAAAUAUCACCAGGAGCCCAGGAGGCUGAAGCUGAUGCAGGUGGCCGAUCAGCAGCUCCCCGCACCUGGAAUGAGAACGUUCACCAGCGUGAAGUGA